CUCUCUCUCUCUCUCCCCCCCCCCCCCCCUUCCCUUCUCUCAAAAGUCUUAUUUAAAAGCAAGCCUAACCCACCGCUUUCUCCCAUGCAUUUGUCCAUUCUCCACCCCUGACACCCCUUCUGCGGUUUUGGUCUCUCUCUCUCUCUCUCAUGUGGUGUUUCAUGUUCAUGGCGCCCUUAUCUGCCUGUCGAUAACUUGUCUCCAACACCUUCCUUCUCUCCUAUUUAAGUUGCUAGCUUGCUUUCUUGUGGCUAUCCUCUCCCACUACGCCCCCGCACUCAACACUUUCAUCCUCCUCCAUCCAUCCAUUCUUCAUUUCUCUGAACCCAAUACUCCUCCGCCAUUAACCCUCAGACAUGUCCAGCCGCCGGUCGCGCUCGAGGCAGCCGGGUGUCUCCCGGAUCACCGACGACCAGUUCUCCGAUCUCGUCGCCAAGUUACAGCAACUCAUCCCUGAAAUCCGCGAAAGGCGCACAGAUAAGGUAUCGGCGUCGAGGGUGCUGCAGGAGACCUGCAACUACAUAAGAAGCUUACACAAGGAGGUGGACGACCUGAGCGACCGAUUAUCGGAGCUUUUGGCGUCGUCCGACAUUAGCAGCAAUCAAGCGGCCUUGAUUAGGAGUUUGCUUAAUUAUUGAUUAGUUAACUAAUUAAUUAAAUAGAUCAUUAGACCUUUUAAUUAAUUAAUCAUGUACGUUGGAGAUCUCAUGUGUAUGUAGCUAAGCUAAGGAUUGGUCAUGAGUAGGCCGGCCGGACGUACAAGCUGGCUGGCUGUUCAGCUAACAAGCUGCAUGUAAUUCCCCUGUUAUCUCAACUCUCUGCCUUCCAUUUUAUCCCUCAUGUAAUAGUACAUAAUAAUUAAUAAAAGGGCCUGCAUGCAUGCA